UGCAUGGCCGAAUGUUAGUCUUAAAUCGUCUCUCUUUGUCUCUCGUUGGCUCACUAUCACGUUAUUGAGAGUCUGAACUGGUUGGAGAAUCCACGUUGUGUCAGACUGUGGUGCGUGCAGCUCUGCUGAAGAUAGCAUGUGUGCAGCUUCCCCAAGGCUCUGUUACCAUAGCGAUAACACAGAACGAGGGUCUGUUUUGUUUGAUAUCUCCCUGAAAGUCUUGGGGUUCUGAAGUGUCAGUGCAGAUUGUGUUGUCCAGCCAACCCUACUGACCCUCCGCUGUCCUUUAACGGUUGCAGAGUUUCUCUUUAAUCUUGGAGGGGCAUUUGGGACAUAGGAAACCAUUUUGUUUGGCACAGCAACUCCCAGUGUUUUGAAGCCCAAACACGGGUCGUGAUGUUCAAUUGGUCUCUGUCAGUGUUUCUGCUCAGCACUGGGCUCUGCCUACGCGGCUGUGCCUCAUCCUGUCAACAGAACCUUUUCUUCAGUCGGUGCUUUCAAUUCGGGGCUCCAGAUAAUGACAAAACUCUUGGACUUAGGAAUAGAAGUAGGCCAUUCAAUCCAUCAAAUCUGCACUGCCAUUCAAUGAAAUCUCUAAGAACAAAACAGUUUAGAGGGCUAUGGGUAAAAAUAGGAGUGAGACAAGAUAACACAAUGGACAGGAUGGAUAGAAAGGCUUUCUGUGGCCAUUCUGAUUCUAUCCCUUUCUCCAGCUUGUGUUUAUCUAGAUUCCCCCUCACAUGGACCACUGAUAUUGACCUUGUGGCAGAAGGCUGGUUCCUUGUUAACCCCUUGUUGGUUAAAGGGAGGUUGAUCCUUGACUCUCUGUUGAAUCUCACUGAACAUAGAGAAACAUGUUCCUGAAGCUGUUUGUCUUAUACUCAUCAGGACUCAAUGCAAGAAUGCCAAAUUUCAAGCAAUCACCGCAAUUUAUACUACAGGAGGGAAGAGUGCUGAUUGGCUGAAGUGUUGCCAUGAAGAAAGGAGCAAAUUAGCACCCGGAAUCCAUUGAAUUUAUUAGUAAAGAGAGACUACAUUUUUGUAAUUUUUUUAAUGUCAGAGCGCUUUACGGAAAAUGAAGUGCUUUUUGAAGUGUAGUCUCAGUUGUAAUGUAGGAAACAUUACAACUCAUUUGCAUGCAGCAUGAUCCCACAAAUAACCUUUGUCCCCACUCUGCAUCCCCUCCCUCACCUCAACCCACUAUAGGAGAUAGGAGCAAGGUUAGGCCAUUCAGCCCUUUACGUCUGCUCCACCACUCAACUCAAUCAUGGCCAAUCUUCUACAUCGAUGCUAUUUUCCUGCAGCCCUUGCUUCCUUUAGUAUCGAGAAAUCUAUCUAUCACUAUCAUGAAUAAACCCAACAACUGGACCUCCACAGCCCUCUGGAGUAGAGAAUCCCAAAGAUUCACUACCCUCCAAGAGAAAGUUUCCCCUCACCUCACUCCCCUGUGGUCUACCUCACAUUCUGAAACUUUAUGCUCUGGUUGUGGCCCACUCUCCUCCCUGCCAGUCAGGGGAAACAUCCUUCCUCACUUACCCAUCCCAACCUUGCAUUAAUUCUAUAGGUGACAAAAAGUUAUAUCAAGUGUUUUGGUGUUCUAGCAUUAAAGAUAUUGAUGGAUAUGAAGGAGAGAGCAGGGUAAGUGGCAUUCAGCUGGAAAAUUAGCCGUGAUUAUGUUCAUGACAAAACCUGCCAGAGCGGCUGAGUGGCUUGCUGUUCCUGUGUGUUAUGGGAAUCAGCAACUCAGACGAUCUGGGGCUGAAUUUACAUGUUUUAUUCUUUGCAAAAGAUUGCAAAAUGCCUCACUUGUCACCAACAUGGAGAGGGCCCUACCAGUAAUAACACAGUAGGGAAUCAGGAAAUAGGGGAGUGAUGGCAGAUUGUUGUCUCUGCCUGGCAACAGAUGGGUAAGUUCUUUUGUCCACUUUAGAGACUCUUUUCCAAAAGUCUCUCAGACAAUAUAGAAGGGGAGAAACUAGAAGCAGGAGUAGGCCAUUCAGUCCUUUGAGCCUGUUCUGCCAUUCUGUAUAAUCAUAGCUGAUCCUUUAUCUCAAUGCCAUGUUCCUGGUUUCUCCACAUAGCCGGUGGUGCCUUUAAUGUCUAAAAAUGUGUGUGUCUCUCUCUCUUUCUUGAACAUAUUCAGAGAGUUUGCCUCCACAGCCUUCUGUAGCAGGGAAUUCCACAGACUCAUGAGUGACAAAAUCUUUUCUUAUCUCAGUCCUAAAUUGCCUACCAUGUAUCCCAAGACUGUGGCCUCUGGUUCAAGAUACCCCGACAAGGGGUAACAUCCCCUCAGUCAGAAGUUGCUGGCUCAGGGGCAGGAUACCAUCAACUGUGCCUCAGGAUCUUCUUGCCCACAGCAUAUUUCGAAACUGAUCUGGAAUUGCGGCAAUGUUGGCAUUAGAUUUGAGAAUAUGGCAAGUCGGAAAAGCUGCUUCUUGCAGUGUUGUUGAGAUCAUUUCACUUGGGUGCUCAUUACUGAGUCCUUACAUUUUCCAGUGUAGAUACCAUCACUUGAUCUCAGAAUCACUUUUUUUUUUCCAGAAGUAAUGUAACGGGGAAUGGUGAUUGCAUUGGCAAUGUCACUUAGGUGAGGUUACCAGCUAAUGUUCUGGGAUAAGGGUUAAUCCCACCAGUGGAGUGGGUGGAAAUUAAGUUCAAUUAAGUAACAUUCUGGAAUUGAAAGCUAGUUUCAUGGUCACCACAGCUGACACAGUUAGUGCUUGGUAUGAAAACUCAAGUGCUUCACUAAUGUCCUUUAGAAGAAGAAGUUGGCCUUGCAUGUGACUCCAGAUCCAAAGCAUUGGGGUUAACUCUUAUGGGGAGGCAUUGGCCUAGAGGUGUUGUCAUUAGACUAUUAAUCUGGAGACCCAAGUAAUGUUGGGGGGACCUGGUUUCAAAUCCCACCAUGACAAAAUUCCCAAAAUCUGGAAAUAAGAGUCUAACGAUGAAAAAUUGUCAGGAAACACUGUCUAAUAUCUUUUAGGGAAGAAAACUGCCUUCUUUACCUGGUAUAGCCUUCAGACCCACAUCACUCUGCCCUCUGGGCAAAUGGGGCUGGGUAAUAAAUGCUGGCCUAGCCAGCAACGCCCUCAGCCUGUGAACAAAAAAAAGAAGUCCUUUUAAAAUGGCCAAGCAAACCAUUGUGUUCAAGGGAGAUUAAGGAAAAUGCUGGCCUUGUCUGCAAUGCCAGUGGCAAAAUUGGGCAUGGGUGCUAGGGAGCUCCUGAACCUUACUAACUGCUGGCUAACCACCAGCAACUUGUCACCACAGCUUCAUAAAUCCAGUCUUUCUGCUGAAUUAAAGACCUAGAGCCCAUGCUUAAUAAUCACUGUUUGUGGUAAAGUUACCCAUUCUGACAUUAAUAGGGUGACACUAAUCUUUUUUUCUUUGUUCUUUCAUGGGAUGUGGAUCUGGAGUCACAUGUAGGCCAGACCAGACAAGGUGUAACCUCUGCUGUAUCUCCUUUAAGACACACCGGGGUUUGCUACGUCAUAAUGCAAUAAUCCACAAGCAGCUUCCAACAGACGUGUCGGGAAAGCCUUACAUCCAGAACAACCCCACAAUUCCCGUGGGCUUCCAUGACCUCGGAUUCAUCGAUUUCUCCUGCCGGAAGUUCCCCCUCAUUUCUCAGGUCUGGUCUGAGUUGAACCUGAGGAGAUGCACGAGCAAGUUUCACCGGUUUGUUUGCGAAUUGUGCAACAAAGCCUUCCCAAUGCUAGCGGCUCUGAAGUUACACCUCGAAACCCACCGGGGGCAGCUGGAAGGAGGCCAGGGUCUACCGGAGCCACAACAAAUGCCCGACGUGGACGUGAAGCAGAAAGCCUUCAUGGCGUCAUUGGGUCUGCAGCACGCCAAAGAGGCGAAGGCGGUGAAACGAGAGGAAACCACAGAAUUCGAUAUCCACACGAUCUGGGCUGAAACGCCCCCCUGGAAACUACCUCAAGAGGCCAACUGUGCUACUGUGAAGGAUCAACCACCCUUAGACCUGGCUUCCCUGGGAGCAAGCCUGUCCUCCCUCUCUCCACUUCAGGACAAGGUUAAGAUCUUGUCCUUGCACCCUUUCCAGAAGGGUUUUAUAAUCCAGCCCGAUAGCAGUAUUGUGGUGAAGCCCAUCUCUAGUGAGUCCACCAUUGAGUUUGCUGACAUUCAGCAAAUCCUGAAAAUGGCGUCCUCUGCUCCCACACAGAUCAGUCUGCCACCACUAUCCAAGGCGCCUUCCAUCCCGAACCAGUCCAUCUACAGGCAGAUGCCUCCGCUCAAGCCAAAGCCCCUGGUUGCACCGUGCACUGUUGUGGCUUCCACACCACCCCCGCUCAUGAGUUCCCAGCAAGCUUCACCCGGAUGCAUUAGCCCCAACCUCUUCCCUCCUCCUCUGAAGCUUGUGAAGACGGUAGCUGGGCCUUUGUGCAGCCCUCAAGACCUGAAGGUGAAACCUGUGAACGGAGCGCAGCCCUUUCUUCAGCCAAAGACUGAGCCGCUGAGCCCCGUUGAGAUGAAGACCCAGCUUGAGCAGGAUAGUAUUAUUGAAGCGUUGAUGCCAAUGGAGAUGAACGGGGCUAUAAAACAGGAAGUCAUGGAAGGAGAUCUCAAGGACAUGAUGACGGGGACGUCCAGCAAGAAGGUUCCCGCGUUGAAGAAAGUCUUAUAUCCAUGUCGUUUUUGCAACCAGGUGUUUGCUUUCUCUGGUGUGCUGAAAGCUCACAUCCGCUCACAUCUGGGCAUCUCACCAUACCAGUGCAACAUCUGCACGUACAUUGCAGCAGACAAGGCUGCGUUAAUCCGCCACCUCCGCACACACAGCGGCGAGAGGCCCUUCAUCUGUAAAAUCUGCCACUACCCUUUCACAGUGAAGGCCAACUGUGAGAGGCACCUGCGCAAGAAGCACCUCAAGAUGACCCGCAAGGACAUUGAGAAGAACAUUGAGUACGCGGAGAGCCAUACUGCAGAGCUGGUGGACUCUUUCUGCUCGCCAGACACUGUGUGCAAGUACUGCGGCGAAGACCUCAAAUACUACCGUGCCCUCCGGCAUCACCUGAGGACACACAGCAGCUGUCAGAAGAAACCGUUUGAGUGCCGAGAGUGCAACAUGGGCUUUUCCACCAAAAACAACUGCAUCCGUCACAUCCUUAAGCAGCACACCCACGUUGAGGAGAAGGAGAUGGAAAAGCACAUCCUGUUGGUGGACUGCCUUGUGGGUGAAAACGGGGCAGUGUCCCCCACUUUAUCUGAGGAGAGUGUCUCUGCAAAUGGCUCUCCGGUCUCAUGCAAGGAGCCUCAGAAUGGGUUUAUGCAUGGGUCGCUACCCCAGGGCUCCUUAAAAAUGGAGCCCAUGGGUAUUUUUUCAAUGGACUUGGACGAACCGCUGGAUUUUUCUCAAAAGAACAAGAAUGUGUCUUUCCACUCCUACAAACAGGAGUGCCACUUGCUCAGGAAGCAUGCCUCACCCAUUGUUGCACAGUUUGACAGCACCCUGGAGCCCAUAGACCUUUCUGUCCCCAAAAACCCCCCGAAGGAUAAAACAAACCUGGGCAAAGAAAAUAAGGACGAGAGCCAGCUGGUUGUUAAUGGUGGCUCAUUUGCCUGUCAGCAGUGCCCAUCUAACUUCCAGGCGAAGACCAGCCUUGAUAAACACGUAAGUACGAAACAUUCUUCGCCAUUGCAGGGUUUGGUGCCCACCCGGAAUCCGGCCACUCUCCCAGCUGUGGUUGCCAGCACCAGCAUGCUGCGACCCCUGAGGCCUAAACCACCACCUCCGCUGCUCCUGCCCAAACCUGCCGCGGGCAAAGAGCUACCACCCCUGGCUUCCAUCGCCCAAAUAAUUUCUUCCGUUUCAUCUGCUCCCGCCUUGUUGAAGAGGGAUGUCAAGGAUGGUGCUGAAGCUAACAAGCCCACCCCCUCGUCUGAUGGGGCAGAGGAUUUAAAGAUUGGCCUGGCUACCAAGGCUGCUCCACAAACAGGAACCAAUGGCCCAGCAAAAACUUUGGCCCCACAACACACCGUGGAGAAAACAUCAGCAGGGGCAACGGGGCCAGGCAAGAGGAAGGGAAGAAGGCGAAGUCUCAAGUUCAAGAAGAUUCGACCCAGUGUCAGCAGCAGCGGCGUAGACCCAGAGUCCAGUGGGGAAUUUGCCAGCGUGGAGAAAAUGUUGGCCACGACCGACACCAACAAGUUCAGUCCUUUCCUACAGUCCACCAGUGUCAAAGAGGAACCCGAAAAGGAGGAAAAGGAUUCCCAGGGAAAGGAAAAAGGAGACAUAAUAACCUUGAAGGGGAAAAAAAAUUCCUACUCUAACUCAGUGCAAAAAAUCACUUGUCCAUACUGCCCACGUCUAUUUCCUUGGGCUAGUUCACUGCAGCGUCAUAUGUUAACACACACAGGUCAGAAGCCCUUUCCCUGUCCAAAAUGUGACGCUUUCUUUUCCACCAAAUCUAACUGUGAACGCCACCUCUUGCGCAAGCAUGGUGUUGCCAACCGGUCACUGCGAAGAAAUGGCCUGAUUGCCAGAUCCAAAGCAACUGAUGCAAAGCCCCUGGAAAGCACAGGUAACGUUCCCGAGUCGGAGACGACGGUGACCGAGGCCUCGCCAGCUCCAGCGGCGGCAGCGGCCUGUCCUUCACCCGGGCCCACGGAGCGGCCUGGAGCUGAGGCACCUACGGGCGAGAGCGAGCCCAAAGCGGAGUCAGCGGCGGCGGCGGUCCGCGCCAAGGAGGAGGAGCAGGAGGCCGAGGAGGACGCUCAGAGCAACAAGAGCCUGGACCUGGAUUUCGCCAGCAAGCUGAUCGACUUCAAGCUGGGCAGCCCCGACCCGGGCGCGGCGCCGGCCGAGGGCCGCAACUCGUGCGGCGUCUGCGGGAAAACCUUCAAAUACGCCGCCACCCUGGCCCGCCACCGGAAGGCCCACGCCUGCGAGCGCCGCCGGGACCGGGAUGCCAGGAGAGGCCCGAGGCCUGCGGCCGAGCAGCCCGGGGCCCUCCGCUCGCGGCCCGCCAAGAGCGCCGGCGCCUCCCGCUCAGACGGGCCCCCUCCGCGGCGGGAGGACGAUGUGGAAGAGGCGGCAGGGGCACGAGGGGGCGCCCCCGGAGCCCGCGCGCCCCAACCGCCAACCGCCGCGGGGCAGCUCGAGCUCAGGAAGGCCCCGCCCAGCGGCUCGAGCAAGGCGGACAAACGGAAAAAGAUCUGCGCGGUCUGCAGCAAACGGUUCUGGUCCCUGCAGGAUCUCACCCGGCACAUGCGGUCACACACCGGUGAAAGGCCGUACAAAUGCUUGACCUGCGAGAGGACAUUCACCCUGAAACACAGCCUUGUCCGCCAUCAGCGCAUCCAUCAGAAGGGAGCCAAGGUGGCCAAGAGACAUCCGGGUGAGAACGACGAUGAAUUGUCCAAGGAUGAGGAUGACAGUGAGAGUGAGGCCGAACAGGCGGGCUCCAGCCAGCUGUCGGACAACGAGAGCGAGACAGUCACUAGCAUCAGCCUCAGCAAUGACUCCCCGCUGCCACUGAGCAUUGCAGGGAGCCCAGUGACAGCCACAACGAGCCAAUCUCCCAGCCAGGCAGGUGUCAAAGCAGCCGAGCCAGAGAACAGCCUCAUUCGCCCAGCAACAGCAGUCAAUGGUGUGAGGCAAGGAACCUUCCUUAUUCAGGGCAACGACCAAGAAUCAUUAAAAAACUCAGAGAAGACACUUGCUGAUUCCACAGGCUCCUCAGAUAUCAUCCAGAACUUUCUGGGAAUACCUAGUGGGGCGCCAAUGAACCAUGUCCUGGGCUCAGUGGAGUCUACUCCUUGCCUGCUUGGAGUGGAAUAAUGUGGCUUCCAAGGAACUGGAGGUUUUUGUUGCUUUAAAGCUGUGCCACCAUACUUUGGAAUGAAAUUAACUCUCUUGUACCCGCAAAACACCAAGCAGGGAUGAGGCUGCUGUGGUGAAUUGUUCUAGUCCGCCUGUGUGCGGGCAGAGUUUUUUCUAACUCUGGUGCGAUGGAACGCCUUAAGAGACACGAGUGAGAGGAAUCCAGUGCAACUCUCCAGACUGCAUGUUGUAUCUUCCAAGUGCCUUAUGACCUGAUUGCUGUGCACAACUAAAGUUCUGUUCAGAAGUGCUCGAAAAUCCUUGUUUCAAAAUAAGUACAACAAGAAGAGCUAGCCUUUUUUUUUGAGAACAAUCUUGGGGAAGUAUCAAAUUCCUUUGUGAUGUGUUUAUAUUUUAAAGCUGAUUUUUAAAACAAAUAACACAUAAUAAUGGGGCAUCAAAAUGCACUUGGCAUAGGCUGUGCUUAGGCCCCUAAUGAGGAACUGCUGAACUAAGUCUUCCAGAAAGGCCUUACAGUGAUCAAUGACACUGACAAUCUCUGGGCCAGUUUUUCACCAUAAAUAACAAACAUAGGGGCAAAAUAGCAAUUAUGGCUUUUUAUUUUGUUUCUUUCACAAAACAAAUAUGACUUUGUUCUCCAUUUAUGGUGUGCACAACAGUGCAGUUUUGUUUUCUUUUUGUAAUUUGGUCUUUUAAGAUGUAUUUUGAUUAAGGUGGAACUUGUUUGCUACUGUCUGUGAAAAUGCAAGAUGGCUUCCACAAGAUUCCCCCUCCAUUUUUAAUGCGCAUUGGGUUGUUUUGGCUAGAAACAAGAAAAUGGGACUAAGAAGGUAAAAUGAAUUAGGAGACACUUUUUUUGUUAAAUCUUAUAUCAAUAUGAAAUUCAGUACAAAAGAAUUUAAGGUUUUUUAUUUACAAUUCUGCUCUCGAUGGUCUAAUCCAGCAUCCUUGGGAGCAGCCAUUAAUCAAUUAUAUAAUGCAGAACUGUAGCAAGGAAAAAGAUUCUCCCAGCGUUAAGCUGGAACAGUGUACUAGCAAUAAUCACUAUUGAUUUAAAGCUUUAUUUAGUAUUUUUUCUGUAUCGGCAAUAUUAGUUUAUAUGGCCCUUGCCACAUUUUAUUGAUUCUUUUAUUAGUGGGUUUUGUUGUCUGACUGAAGCAAAUCUGUUGCGUUUUCUUUUCAAAAGCUGUGAAAAGGAGAAAAUUAUUUUGUGCUGAGUUAUGGGUGAAUCUUAGAAUAGAUUGCAUGUGGAACUAAUUUGUUUUAUCAGUUAUUUGUAAUUCCGACUGUCUCUCUCAGGGCUUUUCAAAAAAAAAUUGCAUCUACUAAAUCCCUUUCUAGUUCCAAAUUUUCUUCCACUUUAAGAACUUGAAGCUGAGACGAUUCAAUCACUACAUGAAGCACUUGACUGUGAAAGAAAAAUAACGAUAAUUAAUUGGUUUACAGCUUGUUCAAAAAAAAGAAAAAAACAGUCACUUUUCACUGCACCAUGAUUAAAGAGCUUUUUAUUACCAGAGGUUUAGUGAAUUAUUGUCUAUUUUCAAGAAGGAAAGAAACUUUAAUGGGGGAAAAUUAAAAGGAAAUAAAAGUAAUGCAUUAAUCCAUAAAACAUUGUUUGAAAAUCCAGAAUCCAUAUUUUUUCGUAAAGGGAAUCUUUACUGCUGCUAAAUAUUAUGUACACAUCUGGUGUAUGCCACAUGAACAGAGAAUCACAGAGUUUUGGUACUUAUUUCCAAUGCAAAAAUUUAAAGCUGUUCUGUAUAAAACCAUCUAAGCAAUAAAAUGUUAUACUUGA